AUGUCCCACGUGACCCCCCACUGGCCCCAACCCUCCCACCCCACCAUCCAACAAGUCAUCUACGCCACCGACGACACCUCCUUCACAACCAAGUCCCUCUCCCUCAUCACCCUCCCCCCCUUCGGCCUCUUCGCCAAGCUAGACUUCCCCCCCUGCACACCCGCCCCCUCCCCAACCUAUGCUACAGUCCAGUGCGGGAUCAACUCCCACCUCAACCUCAACUCUGACCUCCUCUACAUCAACCACUCGUGCGACCCCUCCCUCAUCUUCGACACCACCAACCUCGUCGUCAUGGCCGGACCAAAAGGGCUCAAAGUCGGGGAGGAACUCACCUUCUUCUACCCCUCGACUGAAUACGCCAUGGCCCAGCCGUUCGACUGCUUCUGUGGAAGCAGCAGCUGUAAAGGACGGAUCAGCGGCGCGAGGGAUAUGAAGCCUGAGCAGCUGGAGGGUAUGUUUCUCAACGCGCAUAUUAGGGAGCUGCUGGGGAUGAACGGGACAAAGGGGGGACAAGAUGAUGAGACCGCAAAGGCGCUGAGGGAGGUUGUCAGGGCUGCCGAGCGGGCUUUGGACGGGUACUUGGCUGCUAAGGGUGGUGCUGCCGGCAAGGGGGAGGAAAAGAAAAUCAAUGGGGUGAAGAAGGUUUUGAACGGGGGUUAUGCCAACGGAAACGGGAUCGAGAUUGAGGCUGAGGGGUUGAGGGCCAGGGGAACGACGUCACGGGAGCUGAGCGGGGAGAUGGGGGGUGAUACGAGGGCUUAG